UCUCUCACAUCAACCUCAUUUUUGAUCAAUUCUCUCGUUUAAUCUGAUCCUGCUGGAUCCAUCGAUUCUUGGAUUUCGGCUGGCCAUCGCUCUAAUUACUACACCAACCUCGCAACCAACCUCGCAGUUCCUAACAAAAUUGCCUUGUUGCCUGCGCCCACACCCAACUUUUUCCUACCUCAAACUUGCACUUCUAAUUGGUGGUCAUCUUUCUACAGUCUAGCUCAACUCGGCACCUAAACAAACUUGACGCCUUGUCUCGGGGGUUACCGCUAUGAGCGAUUCCAUGAAGGAAGUUGUCGAGGCGCUCGACCCCGUCUCCCGACAUAUUAUCCCUCCCGAUAUUGCCUUGGGAACUCUAGUACCUCUUAAGACUAUACUCGAACUGAGAGACAACCUUUCGCUCGGUUUAGCCUAUGUCACGCGAGCUCCCAAUAAAGUCACUAACGAUGUUGUUAAUAUUGCCCGAGCUCUAGCUGGUGAUGAUGCAGCUAAGAACCUCCCUCACCUGCGUCGGUGCGUCAAGCCCGCCGACAUACCACCUCAUCUCAAGACCCAGUUCAUGAAUGAAGGCAAUGGACGACAGGUUCAUCUUGGGAAAUCCAACUGGCUUUACAUCGUGCUUGGUCCUAAGGAUGAGAUGUCCUACGACGAACUGGUGAAAGGUCUCGCCAACAUUGAUGACAUUAGGGAUGACAUCUUUGUAGGGACAAUCCCUGUUCCUUUAUUGGCACCCACUUCUCAGGUCCAGGCCAACAUGUGGUCACAACAGUUCUGGCAGACGGUCUACAGGAAGAAUAACCCCCUUGGCCCUCACCCAAGUACUAUCUCUCGAACGGAGGCGGUUGUCUCCCGCGACGCCUCCGUAUGGAUGACCUUGGCGCACCAGAUCGCCAAAAAGUCACAGAAAGCCGGUUAUGGAGAGCCUAUCGGCGCUGUUAUCGUCAAGCGUACGAUACCCGGAAAGAAUGAGUCUGGAAAACAAACUGCCCUAAAAGAAGGCGCUAGAGAAUCCGACUUUUCCAACGGCGAGGGUGCGGGGGCCGACGGUGACAAUUGCAAUUCUCGUCCCGAAGCUGAUGAAGGUGUGAAUGGAAUUGCACACGGUGCUGCUGCUGAGGUGCCUGAUGGUAUCGUACAGGACGUCAAACAGCCGGAUGCCUCAAACUUAGAGGCCCAAGCCCAGGACUCUACCAAAUCGGAUCCCGAGGCAAAAGAGACGACCCAGAUUGUUGCCAUCGCGGCCGAUGCUCGUUGGCACCAACAAGAGAAGACGGGACGUAUCGGAAACCCUAUGGCUCAUGCAGCACUCAGGGCUAUCAGCAUGGUGGCGCAGAAAUUAGUGAGGGCUGAGGAUCGACCCAAAUCUGAACAGAAGAUGGUGGACUUUGAGGCCUUCCAAGACAAGCCUCUGCUUAGCGAUGAGCAGCUAGUAUUCGACGAAGACCACCCUUGCCCUGAUGGUUACCUCUGUCAUGAGCUUGAGCUGUACAUGACCCAUGAACCGUGCACAAUGUGCGCCAUGGCAAUUUUACAUUCCCGAAUGGGCCGGAUCGUCUUUCGUCAUCGCAUGCCGCUAACAGGUGGUAUGAGCUCCGAGGAUCGAGGCUACGAUAUGUGCGGAGCCUCUGGUGCUUGUGGGGAAGGCUUAUGUGGUGGAGGUCAAGGCCUUGGACUUCACUGGCGCAAGGAGUUAAACUGGACUCUCCUGGGCUGGGAGUGGGAAUCGGACAGUAUUGAGAGCUUGCCAGUCGAUGCGCACCUGCACGCAUAAAUAUUUUUCAGUAAAACCCCCCUACGCAUCCACGGAGUUUGGUUUUGAGGCAAGCAGAGGAAUUAGGUAGUCCCCUUGCCGGAAUUGGCAUUACU